AUGGCGUCCUUCACACUUCGAAUCUUGCAAUUCUUGAUCUUCCCUGGUGCCAUCUUCUUCCAUUUCGAUUUAGUAAUGGCUCUUCAGCUCAAUCAAGUCUCUCGUUUUAGCCCUUUACAACCUCCAAUUACAUCGCCGGUUAAUUCUAUUUCUCCUGCUCCGCCACCACAAUCGACAGUGCCACCGUCAUCUCUAUCACCCUAUCUACCAUCGGAUUCACAGCCGGCAACUGCAUCACCUCCACACCCAUCGCCUUCACACCCACCACCUCCUUCUCCGUCGCCUCCAUACUCGCCACCUCCACCGCCUCCAUCUCCAUCACCACCGUCUACGCCGCCUGCUUCCCCAGUUAGGGCGCUAUUCGUUCUUGGUGACUCUUCUGUUGACUGUGGAACCAACAAUUUCUUGGGAACAUUUGCUCGUGCAGAUCGUCUUCCUUAUGGACGUGAUUUUGAUACACAUCAACCCACCGGACGAUUCUGCAACGGAAGAAUCCCUGUGGAUUUUCUUGCACUGCGUCUAGGGCUUCCUUUUGUUCCAAGCUAUCUAGGUCAAGCUGGAUCUAUUGAAGAUAUGAUCCAUGGUGUCAAUUAUGCCUCUGCUGGUGCUGGGAUCAUCUUCUCCAGCGGAUCAGAAUUGGGUCAACACGUAUCAUUCGGCCAACAAAUUCAACAGACUAUAGACACCUUUCAACUUUUCAUAACACAAAUGGGCGAACAAACAGCUGCUAAUUUCAUCUCAAACUCCAUAAUCUAUAUUUCAAUUGGAACUAAUGAUUACAUACAUUACUAUCUUCCUAACGUGUCCGAUGUACAAUCCAAGUAUGUAUCAUGGAAAUUUAACCAGUUUUUAGCCUACUCCAUGAAGGAGGAGAUAAAGAAUUUGUACAAUGCUAAUGUGAGAAGAGUGGUGGUGAUGGGAUUAGCGCCUAUUGGUUGUGCACCUUAUUAUUUGUGGCAAUAUGGGAGUGAAGAUGGAGAUUGUAUAAAGGUGAUAAACAACAUGAUAAUGGAAUUUAACUUUGUUAUGAGAUUUACAAUAUCAGAGCUUCGCAAAGAACUCACGGAUGCCAACAUUAUCUUUUGUGACGCAUAUCAAGGGUCCAUGGAUAUAAUAAAGAAUUUUGAUCAAUAUGGAUUUAGUGUGACAAAUGAAGCUUGUUGCGGCGUGGGGCCAUACAAUGGUUGGAUGAUGUGCAUGGGCCCUGAAAUGGCUUGCGAGAACGCUUCUAGUCAUCUUUGGUGGGACCAAUUUCAUCCAACGGCUGCGGUGAAUGAGAUUCUGGCGGAUAACGUGUGGUCUGGAUUGCACACACCCAUGUGCUAUCCGAUGAACAUGGAGGACAUGGUGAAAUAA